AUUUCUUUUCGGGAUUAAGUUUUUCUACAUUUUAGGAUUUUCUCAGAUUUUGUGACUUCCCAAUGUUUUGAAUUACAUUAAAAACAGGAGCAAUAAGUACAACUUAAUUUAACUGAUUAAAACAUCACCGAUCAUUUAUGUCAAGGACGGCAUGCGCUUAAGUUUAAAACGUCCGCUUUUAGAAGUAAAAUUUCGUCUGCUUACACAAUCUUAUAAAAACUGAUUUGGCUAGGACCGCCUUAUCAAUCCAUGACAUACGUUAUAACAGCUUAUCAAAAGUCAAAACUAAGCGGUCGCUUGCAUAAGAAAGAUUGAAGCUCGCUUUCAUUUUACCUACAACAAAUAAGAUACACGUAAUUGUCUUUCAAAGGGGGUAAAGCUCGUGUUCUAAAAUGAGAAAUAUUUUACUUAAUCAGAUUUUAUUGAUUACUGCCUUCCUGGGGUUAUCCUCGGCGUUUCUUAUCGUUGACAGCUGUCCAGUGUCAUCACCUUGCACGUGUUCUGUUAGUUCCGGAAUCGACGGCAACAUUAAUUGUGGAAGUAAAAGUUUAACUAACAUUCCUAAUAUUAAACAGUCUAGUUCUCAUGUGAGCAAUUUAUAUGUGUAUUUUAAUUCAAACAAAAUAACCGUUAUUCAAAAUAAUGCUUUUAGAAAUCUGAACUCAAUCAACGCUUCAUAUAUAGAUUUGCUAUUGUAUAGUAACAUGAUACACGCAAUUGAAAGCAAUGCUUUUAAUGGAAUCACUAAUACCUACAUAAGUCUUAACCUGGAUGAAAAUAAUUUAUCAGUUUUACCAUCGGCAAUCCUUAAUCUGCAUAAUCUUAGAAAUCUUGACAUUCUGCAAAAUCCUUUGCAUUCACUUGAUGCAUCAUUUAUGUCUAAUAUAGGUAGACAUCUGACUUCAUUUAGUUUAGAUUUAAAACUUUUUACGGAAUGGCCAGGUGAACUUCAUUACCUUCGAGUGUUGCAGACAUUGACCGUAAAAAACAUACAGUUUCCGCAUUUAGACAUAAAUGCUUUCCAUGGAUUUGAAAAUACGCUCACAAACCUUACUCUUGUUUCCUCUAAACUCGAGAAAGUGCCUUAUGCUGUAUGUCAUCUCAGUCACCUUUCGUCAUUGACAUUUAGAUAUGAUAAUAACCUUCAGGAAAACAAGUCGUCUAUUUUCGAGCCAUGUGGUAAGAAAUUGUCUUCUUUGACAAGCUUAAACUUAGAUUCAAAUAACCUCCAUAUGUUUCCAAAUGUUUUCACCUUAUUCCCAUCAAUAACAUCAUUAUCUCUUUAUAAUAAUAAGCUUCAAUACAUAGAUAUCACUAAAAUUCCCUUUCACUCAAAACUUAAUUACUAUGAAUUUACGGUCUAAUCUUUUCGUAGGGAUACCAUACGCAUUGAACAGGUUUAAAUCCUUGCAAUCACUGUAUCUUCACAACAAUAAGAUAUUGACAAUUGAAACACCUGAUCUAGCAGGAUUGAGUUCUUUAGUUACCUUAAGUAUUCAAAGUAAUCCCAUUACGUAUAUAGAACCAAACGCAUUUAAGCAUAAUGUUAAUUUAAAUGAUCUAAAUCUAGAUAAUACGCAUCUUGAUCAUGUACCUGUUGCAGUAACAAACUUGACAAAACUUUCGUUUUUUUAUCUGAGUGGAAGGGAAAUUGACUGCAGUUGUGACAUGUCAUAUUUGAAAUCCUGGAAUGUAUCAGCUAUUUCGCUAUUUUCAACAAAGUGUGCAUCGUCAUCUGAAACUAUCAAACACUUUAUCAUGACUUCUCUACAAACAUGUCCAUAGACCCUAAAUUUUAUUCGGAUUACUUCGAAUUUCCAUUUAAGUAACGUCAAGAAAGAGUUUUAAUCUCUUGUCUGAUUAUAUUUUUGCUAAUAAAAAUAAAACACCCUAAAAAUGAAAUAACAAUAACAUUAAAAUCGCCGGUUUCAAAUUUUCAAAGUGUAUACAGGUAUUAUUAAACUUUUGUUUUAAAUUCAGAUUUGCUUUACAGCUUUGCAAAUUACACUUAUCCUAAGUAAGUGUUACGAUGUAAACACUUGUUUUUUUUUUUUAAUUCUUAAUGAUUCUUGAACGGAUCUGUUUUAUUGAUUCAUUAUACAUUAUUAAUUAUCAUAAAAAUUAAAGUUAAGUGCACUUUGUGGAGGAUUUUACUUUUAACAUAAUAUUUAUAUAUACAUUGAUAGAUAUUAACAUUUGAACAGAAUUGUUGUUAUACAUUAUGUAACAUUAUCAGUUAUUCAACUCCUAAACAAAUUUUCUAAUAUUGUCAAUUAAAUAUGCACCAGUAAAAUAUAAGUUCGAUGAUAUGACAUUUGAAUAUUGUUCAAUCUAAUGGUAUUUGAAUAUAUUUCGAUAUUAUGGCAUUAUAAAGGGUUUUAAACAAAUCUUAGGAAAUGCGAAUGAGGUAAAAUAUCACGAUGUUUAUGUUGAUGAUUAACACAGAAUCUAAAAUAGAUACUGAUACAAAACGAAUCUAUUUAUGUGUAUUAAAACGAAUUUUAAGAGGGGCAUUCCCAUUCUAGAUUGAGUUUGUUUUAUGUGUAUAUGACAUGGUAAGAUUAUCAUAUGGAAGCGUCUAAUACACUGUUUAGCUGAUCGUUUUUAUAUGAAAUAUUUACUGUAAAUUGUAGUACGUAAUAAUUCAAUAACUUUGAAAUAAGCAACAUCAUGUGAUUAAUUUGUGUCCAGUAUGUAUACACAUAUCAAAAGUUUUCAUGGUUAAAUACAUGUUGAAAUAUUUGCUAU